UUGCGCGUUGAAGGUUUAGAAAUUACUUUGUCCAUUGUAUUAUUGUUAUAUUACAAGGAUUAAUUAUGUUUAGUUCGUAAUGUAGACUGAAUUUUUUCGAGCUUCUGUGAGGUCCCAAGUGUUAUUCAAAACGCAAUACAAUUCGUGAACUGAAGUUUUCUGUAGAAGUUCUUUUAUGAAUGGAUACUUGCCAUUAGAAAGUCCCAGCCUACCAUCCACAAUGGAGUAAUGAUUCUUAAAUUUUGAGAAUUUCGGGCUUCAAACUCCUAAAACGGAGUCAUUUGAGGCGAAUUACUGGCUGUAAUAAUGGGUUCUAGACAUAUACCAGCUGAUAAGAUUAAUUUGCGCUUGAUCUUAGUGAGUGGCAAGACAAAGGAAUUCAUAUUCAGUCCCAGUGAAUCAGCAGGUGACAUAGCACAACAUGUGUUUGAUAACUGGCCAGAAGAUUGGCGUCAUGAGGCUGUUUCAAAGGCUGAAAUACUACGACUUAUCUACCAGGGUCGUUUCUUACACAGUAACGUAACACUUGGGGCUCUGGGACUACCUUUUGGUAAAACAACUGUCAUGCAUCUGGUACCGAGGGAAAAUCUACCUGAGCCUAAUUCGCAAGAUCAAAGGCAGAAAAGCAAAGGCGGUAGUAGUAGCUGUUGUUCAGCAGCAUGCUGCAUCCUGUAAAUAAAAUCGAAAAAAUUUCUAACUUUAAUUCCCUACAAUAUUAAUAUCUUAUGAUAAACAGUAAAGAACUGUUCCGGGAGAAAGAAAUAAGUUUGAAAUACAGAGGUAGUGUGUAAAAAAAAAUCGACGUUGUGACGCUUAGAGUGUGUAUGGGGAGAAACAGAUGCAAAAAUGAGAAAGAAAUAAUGUACAAGAAACAUAUGGACACUUUGGAUUUUCUGUAAUGUUGUGAUAUCAGUGUAUAAAUGAGAAACAAUGAUGACUGUGCACAUAAAUAGAUUUUAUUUCAAUUGGAAACUUACAAUUCUCAGGUUGAUCAGGUUUCACAUUUUUAGAAAAUAUAAACUCACUUCACCAAUUUCAUUUGUUUAUGUGCUAAGUACUCUUGUGACAAUGGGAUAUUGUUUUUAUUUUUUAGACGAAUUUUUUUCAUACUCAUUAUUUUUUAAUGUGAUUCAAGUGACAGGGUGUUUUGUUGGCCGAUUUUUAGUAUUAAUUUGUGAUCUCGAAAAAUCGAAUAACGAAAUAUUUUAGUUCGAAAAUUUUGAUGAACCGUUCUUGUAUUUUUUGACAUUUAUGAAAUUUAUGAAUUGGUCAUUUUAAUUCAAGGGUAGGUAACAGAAUGGGUUUUUUCGGAAUCACUAUUUUUUUUUCGAGCAGAUGAGUAUCCUGUUCAUGCAAUUUUAAUGUAUUUAUGUAAAUAUUCACAACUAUUUGUUUUAUAUUGAACCGAGUUUAUAUUAUCAUUGUUUUCAAAUCAUCACAAACACUAUAUAAAAAGUUCCCAGUUAUAUAACGUCAAUGUGGCAAAAUUUCCUUAUAUAUAAAGACAAAUACUUUUGCUUUCUGGAAUGUUGAAGGAUUUUUUUAAUAAAAUUUAUUAAAAUACACUUUAUUCAUUGCUUUUCGAGUUUAAAAAAUUUGACCAGACAAUUUGAAUAUUUUCAUAUUGGAAAAAUUCAAUUUAUUAAUUUUCAAUUAAUUGUAUUGUGCAAUUUUUAAUAACAGCUUCUUGAGACAUUGAGUUACUUUUGGAAAAUUCGUUGAAAGACAAUUUGUAAGUAAUUAUUUUUAUUGAAAAUUUAGGUUUAUGAGCUAGUAUUCAUGAAUAUAGUACAAUGAUUGAGAAAGAAUUCAAUGAAAUUGAGCUUGUUUUAGCUCAUUUAUUGAAAUGCAAUUCUUUCCGCAGAUUGAAACUGCCAACUAAAUAAUUUUUCAUUUGGCAAACUUCCAGGAAGCUAUUCUAUGUUAAUUUUGAGAUAGAUAAAUAUGAUUAUAAAAAGUGUAGAAAUUAUAAAAUUACAAAAUAUAACUAAUGCUAAGAGUUUUUAAGAAAAAGAUGUAUAUAAUACCUAUGGAUGUUAACUAGCCAUUUUAUGUAUCCAAUUUUAUUUUAAUUUCUGUAUCAUGUAAAUUAUAGUAUCUUAUUUAUUUCCAUUUAAGUUUUUAAUAUUUUGCUAAUGGCAAAAUUUUGAUAGUAGACAUCAAUCAAUUUUGGUCUCUUCAAGGUUAUUUUGCAUUUUCAUAUUCAAAAUUUUAUCUUGGUAACUUGGAUCUUUACUUUGGCUUUAAUAAACCUAAUCAUAAAUU